ACCUGAUUGGACAGGCUCAGUAACAGCCUAUCCCUGAACAGCAUCCGUCUUCCUGCUUAAUCCAUUCAAAACAUGACGAGGUAAACAGUCCCACGCCCGAGCUUAACUUCGUUGGAACGCGCACGACGCUUUUGGUCCAACCUCAGGCUGAUCCCGCUUCUGCUGCUGUUUCUCGGUUACACUCGCGGGAUGCCGCACGUUUUAAGAUUUGGAGGAAUAUUUGAAUCCAUUGAGAGCGGCCCUUCCGGAGCAGAGGAACUAGCCUUUAAAUUUGCCUUGAACACAAUUAACAGGAACCGCACCUUGCUCCCCAACACCACACUGACCUAUGACAUCCAGAGAAUAAACAUCUUCGACAGCUUUGAGGCCUCCAGGAAAGCAUGUGACCAGCUUUCCCUUGGGGUGGCGGCCAUUUUUGGCCCCUCACACAGCUCGUCGGCUAAUGCAGUCCAGUCCAUCUGCAAUGCUCUGGGAGUGCCCCACAUCCAGACCAAGUGGAAGCAUCAAGUGUCAGACAACAGGGACUCGUACUAUGUCAGCCUGUACCCCGACUUCUCCUCCCUCAGUAGAGCCAUCCUCGACCUGGUGCACUUCUUCAAGUGGAGAACGGUCACUGUAGUCUAUGACGACAGCACAGGUACAGUCCUCCAGGUUCUGCCCAUGUCAGUCUUCCAGGAGAGUGAGCAGCAGCAGAGAAAAAAGAGAACCACAUUACCCAGUCUCAUUCGACUGCAGGAGCUGAUCAAGGCACCGUCACGAUACAACAUUCGUUUGAAGAUCCGACAGCUGCCCACAGAGACCAAGGACGCCAAGCCACUUCUGAAGGAGAUGAAGAAAGCAAAGGAGUUCCAUGUCAUCUUUGACUGUGGACAUGAGAUGGCUGCCUGGAUCCUUAAACAGGCCCUGGCCAUGGGUAUGAUGACAGAGUACUACCAUUAUAUUUUUACUACCCUGGACCUUUUUGCCCUGGACAUGGAGCCGUAUCGUUACAGUGGAGUCAACAUGACUGGGUUCCGCAUCCUCAACACAGAAAAUUCUCAGGUGUCGUCAAUCAUCGAGAAGUGGUCAAUGGAGCGGCUACAAGCCCCGCCUAAACCGGACUCAGGCCUGCUGGAUGGAUUCAUGACAACGGAUGCGGCGCUGAUGUAUGACGCCGUACAUGUGGUGGCGGUGGCAGUGCAGCAAUCACAGCAGAUCACCGUCAGCUCUCUGCAGUGUAAUCGCCACAAGCCGUGGCGCUUCGGCGGGCGUUUCAUCAGCCUCAUCAAAGAGGCUCACUGGGAUGGUUUGACAGGACGUGUUCUCUUCAACAAGACCAAUGGACUGAGAACAGAUUUUGACCUGGAUGUCAUCAGUCUGAAGGAGGAGGGGCUGGAAAAGAUUGGAACAUGGGAUCCUCCCAGCGGUCUGAAUAUGACAGAAACUCACAAAAGCAAGACAUCCAACAUCACCGACUCUCUGGCUAACAAAUCCCUGCGUGUAUCCACCAUACUGGAGGAGCCUUAUGUGAUGUUUAAGAAAUCCGACAAGCCUCUGUAUGGGAAUGACCGCUUUGAGGGCUACUGUAUUGACCUGCUGAGGGAGCUCUCUGCCAUCCUGGGUUUCCGCUACGAGUUGCGAUUAGUAGAAGAUGGCAAGUAUGGCGCGUUGGAUGAGAGCACGGGCCAAUGGAACGGCAUGGUGCGGGAGCUCAUGGACCAUAAAGCAGACCUGGCAGUGGCUCCUCUGGCCAUCACCUAUGUCAGAGAGAAGGUCAUCGACUUCUCCAAGCCCUUCAUGACGCUGGGGAUAAGUAUCCUCUACCGCAAGCCCAACGGCACCAACCCCGGGGUCUUUUCCUUCCUCAACCCCCUCUCACCCGAUAUCUGGAUGUAUAUUCUGCUGGCUUGCUUGGGUGUCAGUUGUGUGCUGUUUGUCAUAGCCAGGUUUAGCCCUUAUGAGUGGUACAACCCGCAUCCAUGCAACCCCGACUCAGAUGUAGUGGAAAACAAUUUUACGCUGCUCAAUAGUUUCUGGUUUGGAGUUGGGGCUCUCAUGCAGCAAGGCUCAGAGCUCAUGCCCAAGGCCCUGUCAACUCGAAUAGUGGGAGGCAUCUGGUGGUUCUUCACCCUCAUCAUCAUUUCCUCGUAUACGGCCAACUUGGCUGCCUUCCUCACCGUGGAGAGGAUGGAGUCGCCCAUAGACUCAGCCGAUGACCUGGCCAAACAAACUAAAAUCCUGUACGGGGUGGUGGAGGACGGUGCCACUAUGACCUUCUUCAAGAAGACAAAAAUCUCCACCUAUGACAAGAUGUGGGAGUUCAUGAACAGCAGGAGGCAAUCUGUGAUGGUGAAGAACGCGGAGGAGGGCAUCCAGCGUGUCCUGACCUCGGACUAUGCCUUCCUCAUGGAGUCCACCACCAUUGAGUUUGUCACCCAGCGCAACUGCAACCUCACACAGAUCGGAGGCCUCAUAGACUCCAAAGCCUACGGAGUGGGAACACCUAUGGGCUCUCCGUACAGAGACAAGAUCACAAUAGCCAUUCUGCAGCUUCAGGAGGAAGGGAAGCUGCACAUGAUGAAGGAGAAGUGGUGGAGGGGGAACGGCUGUCCCGAGGAGGAGAGCAAAGAGGCCAGCGCUCUGGGGGUGCAGAACAUUGGUGGCAUCUUUAUCGUUCUGGCUGCAGGACUGGUGCUGUCAGUGUUUGUGGCUGUGGGGGAGGUCCUUUACAAGUCUAAACAGAACGCACAGCUGGAGAAGCGAUCGUUCUGCAGUGCCAUGAUGGACGAGCUGCGCGUGUCUCUGAAGUGCCAACGCCGUCUCAAACAGAAGCCUCAGCCGCCCGUCAUCGUUAAGACAGAGGAGGUCAUUAACAUGCACACGUUCAACGACAGGAGACUCCCAGGAAAGGAAACCAUGGCAUGAAUCUGAAAGUAACCCGUGCACACCCCCUCAGUAAACAAACAUGGAGGGGAGACUGGGUCGAAUUACUGCUGACUUAACCGCAAACUGAGGUUAGCAGUCAAAACAGGAUUCCUUUUGAACCCACUUGCUUAUGUAGAUAGAUGUUUCCUGUGGAAAUAAAGAUACCUGAGCAGUGUCACCUCACUGUGACGUUCACUUUUUGAAGGGAGCUGGAAAGGAAGGACUCAUGGGUUUGUGUUGAUAAAGUAUGUAAAUUGAAAUGAUUCCAAGCAGGUUUGGGGCAAGACACAAGUCUGGUCCACACUAGAAGUGGACUGAAACACACACAGACACACACAUAACACAUGUAUGCACACAUAUACACACACAUACACACACUGUUCUCUUGACACCUGUGCAGAGCAGAAAACUUUAUUGUGACAAUAACACCAGAUGUAGUUUUUCUGUUGAUGUCAAUGCCCUUUUGUCUUACCUCCAUGUGUAUGUGACCCCAUCAGUCCCUCCCUUCAGUGGUUUCAGUUUCUUUCAAAUGAUUUGAACAAGCACUAAUCUCACACCAACGAAGAGAACGUCAGACAGAGCCAAAUGGUUUACUAUGAACUGAUGUAUAACAGUGAUAUUUAGUUUGAAAUCAUCUAUGCUGACCUUGUUGAAUACUCAUUGUUUUCUUCUGUAAUGCCUUUCUUGUGCCAAAGUUCUGCCAUUGUAAAGAACUUUCUGCCAUGCCUAUUAUGUUCAAAGCCUCUACAAGCAACGUAUAGUGUCAAAGUCCUUAUUCAUGUCCGUCCUUACACACGGUCUGCAGUUUUCACUCUGUAUCGGUUGUUGUUUAAAAAUGCAGUAUUUCUACAAAAAUGUUUGUUUUUGUACAAGAACAAGAAGUUUUGUAGUACUUUGUAUCAUGGUAGCCCCUGCUGUGGACAACAUAUGUAGCAGAUACUAACUCAGCCCUCAAACUCUUGACAACUGGUGGCUAAGGGGCUUUCAAACUCUGCUGUGUAGGGUUCAUCUCUCUCUCAUCAUUCAGAGAUUCUGUCUUUUUUUUUUUCCUGUCAGUCUCGUGGGGCCUGCUGUACAUAGUGUCCGGGGACAAUGUGGUGGAUUUUGGUGGGUAGGGACAACGAAACUCUAAACGAAGGCGGUGACUCAUUCUAGAUAUUGCAACUGUCAGCAAAGUCCUACCGACAACAAAUGUGGUUAACUAAGGGUAGCUAUGAUGAGUCACCAUGAAAUACAUAGUAAAACACGCAAGUGUUGCUUAUGGUAAAGAUAAAUGUAGAAACCAGGCGACAAUGUCAUCAUCACACUACAUUUUAGCCUUAGGAAACUGCCAAAAGUUUGACUAGUAUCAAGUCUUAAAGUUUCACGUUUUUAAACUUGUGAAAAUAAUUAUAUAAUUAUACUAUAUACUAUAGCCAAUACUGGGUUUUUUAGGCCAAUACUGAUGAUGAUAUAUUGGCCAAUAGUAACUGUUUUAACCUAAAUACAUAACAUAAACAAACAAUUUUGAUAUGGAUACAUACUAAGCGGGAUAGGUGACUGCUGUAAAAAAGCAACUCGUCAGUGCUCUCUGGUGGACAAACUUUCUUUAAAUUACCUUAGACCUAGUUUGGCAUUUCUUUACUGAAAAUUCCUUGUUACUGACAUAUACAUCCAUACCAAUAUAUCUGAUAUAAGCUAAUACCGGCCGUUAUAUUGGCCUGGCCAAUUUAUUGGUCUCUCUCUAAAAAUAAUCAGUCAGUGCAUUAAAGGUGCCAUAUGUAAGUUUUCGCUGUCGCUACAUAGCCGACGUUAGUAUUAACAGCUGUUUACUUACAAGUCCAGAAGAAACGUUGCGAGUUUAGCAUCAAACUUCAUUCCUUUACUCACCAUGAGCUGUGUCCAGCAGCGGAAAGCAUUGCCAGUGUUAGCUGUUUGCUUCUAUUCCGAUCACCUCUUUUCUUCUACUGAAGUUAGCAGGCUAACCAGCGAGCCCUGGCCCUGCCGGCCCGUCUAGUCAUCUUCCAUAGCGAGUCAUGGUAGCAUGCAGGCUGCCCUCAGUGUUCAGCAGGAGAGGAUGAAGAAGUGGCUCUGCCCAGACGGCGUAUUGUAACCACUUAUCCUGUAAACGCAACGAUGGCCAAAGCUCUUGGCAAGUGACCAUUAUCACCACAUGCUCCACGCAGGAAACCAUGUUUGGCAGGAGAGGAAAACUUACAUAUAGCACCUUUUAAGGGUAUACUGUUCAGUUAGGGGAUCAAUGCAUAAGGUUAUGAGUAAGUCAUAUUUUGUAUGCAAAUCAAGUUGUUUCAAGAAUUUAUUAGAAAUUUGUGUCACUAUCUAUAACCAAGACAGAAGAGGACAGAUGGCUGCUCCUGAAUAAAGAAAUAAUGUCUUUUGAUUCUAGAAAAUUAUGGAAACAAGUUGAUUAGUAUUUGAAACAGUUUCAAAUAAUCUCACAGCACUGGCAGAUACUUUUCCCUUACUUCAGAAAACACUACCCUUAGGACUAGAUGAUAGACAAAAAUGACUCGACAGGAGGUAGAUUUUUGCACCCCAAGGUCCAUUUAGUAGCUGUUCUGCAGUUUUCAGUCAUAUCUGACAUUCUCUAUCAGCAGAUGGCGUUUGCUCAUUUGUCACGACUUUCCAUUGUCUAUUUCCACUUUUAAGCUAACAUGGAUGAGAAGUCCUUAAAGUGCUCAGAUUUUCCAUAAAAAUGGAAAUCUGAACAUUUACACUUUCAACUGGGCAACUCCAUCUGCUGAUGAAGAUCGUGUAAUUUUAUCGAGAGCUACUAAAUGGACAUUGUGGUGAUAUUCUUUUUUUUAGCUGCUGAUUCCAAGGUCAAGAUUGAACUUGAUAGGCCACUUGUGAAUGUAUGAAACAGUAUAACUGCAGUAAGUCUGAUGUGGGAAUGAACAGCAGCUUCGUGGCACUUGCUGUAUGUUACCAUAGCAAAUGUCUCACCUUCGCUCAUAUGCGAGGCGUCACUUCACUCACGUUGCCUCAAGUGGACUUGAGCAACUCGGGGGCGUGAUGUUGAUGAUAGCUUACGGCCGGAGUAGAUCGCUGAACCACUAAUUGUCUCCAAAAUGUGGAUUCUCUUCGCCGAGUGACACAAUCACAUCUGGCCCCACUACACCUCUUACCUGUUAACUCUGUUCCAUGUUGUGAAAUGACAAGCAUACAUGGUAGUUCACUGCAUCACUGCCCAUGUCUUCCCACUCUACCAAGUUAAUCAUUCGAUCUGUUAUUCCAGGGAUUUCAAAGACAAAGGAAACAAACAAACAUCCACACAAGGGCCAACGCUUACGUUGACAUCUCUGCUGUACAUGAAUGGAUAUAGUUAAUGACUUAUUUAAAACAACCACAUAUACACUUUAUGAAAAUUGACAGGGAAGAUGUAAUCAUGAAACUCGUUGGCGUUCUACCAGUGUUGCUUGUCAUUUUCCUCCCAGCUAGAUCUACUGGCACGAGCUGAAGUGACGGAAUACCUGGAAACGUUUAUUGGAAAUGGCUCCAAAGCUUCGCUGUCCUUUCAAAAAACAAAAAUAUGAGCUCAUGAAAUUUGACACUGA